UUUGAAGGGAGCCGAGAGGGGGAGUGGCUAAGAGGAAAAGAGGAGAGAGUGGGCGGGAUCUAGACACAGGCUCGCUGGAGUAGAGUAACCUUGGCACAGGUUCGGCUAACGGCUACGGAAAAACGGCCCCAGACCGAUGCUGAGUCAGGUAGCGGUGGGGUCACAUCCUGUACGGCUUGGACCCUCCAGAAAUUAUGGAGGAACUAGAACAUACCUGUCCACUGCCACAAACGACUCUAACAGAACCAGCAAUAUUUACGACAUACACGAGUUGUGAGUGCCGGGCACCACAUGAGAAGCUAACCUGUGUGCAAGCUCGACUUGGAACACCUGUUGACAGGCCGGUGCGAAUCUAUGCAGAUGGCAUCUUCGAUCUUUUCCAUUCUGGUCACGCUCGUGCCCUGAUGCAGGCUAAGAAUCUGUUCCCUAAUGCCUACCUUAUAGUUGGAGUAUGUAGUGAUGACCUCACUCAUAAAUACAAGGGCUUCACAGUAAUGACAGAAGACGAGCGGUACGAAGCUUUGAGGCACUGUCGCUACGUUGAUGAAGUUUUGCGUGAUGCACCGUGGACUCUGACUCAAGAAUUUUUAGAAAAACACAAGAUUGACUUUGUGGCACAUGACGAUAUCCCAUACUCCUCUGCUGGAUCUGAGGAUGUAUACAAGCAUAUCAAGAAGGCAGGUAUGUUUGUGCCCACUAAAAGGACAGAAGGGAUCUCAACGUCUGACCUGAUCACCAGGAUAGUGAGAGAUUAUGACGUAUAUGCCAGACGCAACUUGCAGAGGGGCUACACCGCUAAAGAACUGAAUGUCAGUUAUAUCAAUGAAAAGAAGUACCGUCUGCAGAAUCAGGUGGACAGGAUGAAAGAGAAAGUGCGGACGGUAGAAGAAAAGUCCAAGCACUUUGUGUAUAGAGUGGAGGAGAAGAGCCACGAUCUUAUCCAGAAGUGGGAGGAGAAAUCAAGAGAGUUCAUUGGGAACUUCCUAGAGCUCUUUGGCCCAGAUGGGACAUGGAAGCAGAUGUUUCAGGAACGGAGUAGCCGAAUGAUCCAGGCUUUUUCACCGCGCUGCUCACCCAGCAGUAGCCCUCCAAGGGACUUUUCUCCAUCCCGUUCCCCAUCGCCCUCCUCUUGCUGGGCCAUGCCCAGGACCUCUCCACCCUCUUCCCCAAAGAGAGCGUCCGCCUCUAUCAGCAGCAUGAGUGAAGGUGACGAAGAUGAAAAGUGAGGAAAUGGACCAUCAAAUUCUCACAUAAAAGACUGCACUUUACCCUCACACAUAUACACACUAAAACACACUGGCAGUGUUGAUUGGUCCAAAAAACUACCCUCAUGGGAAAAUGUAAUAUACUGUACACAGCACAGGGUUCUUGAAGUCCUGUUUAGUAAUGCUGGUAUUGCAGCAAAUAUUUGAAAGCCACUGCAGACCCUUUCUAUGAUGAGAACAGAUUUAACAGACAGAGGUUUAAUGAAGCUGCUCAGUUAUGUCAUCAGUGUGUGGGCCAACCUGGAAGGUUAAUUCGCCAUAGGUUCUCUCUAUACUUUCAAAUGGGUUUUUAGAGUAACAGAUUUCCAAUUUUACAAUAGUGAAUUAGUGUGGUUAACAAAACUUAGAAACUUAGAGGUCAAGAGGUCAGCGGUAUGACUUUGAGGUAUGACUGGAAUUUAUUUUGUUGAACAAAACGGGAAAGUCUCUAUAAGUAAAGUUAACAAACAGAUCUUAUUUUACUUCUUAAUUGAAAACCACAAUUCUAAAAGUCUAGAGGGAAACCCAUGGCUUGGAAAUGCUAAUUCUCUUGUGGGUUUAGGACUACAAACUGAACAGCUCUAUAGAGGACAUCGACUGUUUGAAUCAUUCUGUCCUUUAUUGCUCAGGUCUGACUGGAACAUAGGCACUGCCCUACUGUAACAUACACCCCUGUUCAUUGUUUUCACAUUGUAAUGUCUGAUCCACCCCAUGAAUACGUUUUCAUGCAAAUAGUGCACAUGAGGGGAGUGCUAGCAUUUGUUGAGCUGUUUGUGCAUGAAUUUGUAAUAAUCAUUAACCUGUUUCUGUUUCUUGUAUGUUACUGCUGCCUUAAAGGAACAGUUUGCCCCAAAACUUAAUAUGUUUGUGAUUAUUUACUCACCCUCAGAUUUCCGAAACCUGUAUGACUUUAUUUCUUGCAUGGAACACAAAAUGGUUUGUUUAUAGCAUAAUAUAUAGCUGCUCUUUUCCAUACAAUAAAAGUGAUGGUGACCACGGCUCGAUAAGAAAAAAGAAAUCAAGAUUUUCAGUGAAUUACAACUUAAAUUUCAGUCUGUUUUUCACACAAAACUAUCGUAUGGCUUCAGAAGACUUGGAAAGCAGUACAAAAGUCAUAAGGACUACUUUUAUGAUGUUUUAAGGUGUUUUUGUACUUUUUGGAGCUUGACAGUCCCUGGCCCCCAUCAACUUUCUGCUUAAUUUCUCCUACGGUGUUCCAUGUGUAAUGAGAGCCAGCUGGUACGUGAUAGCUGUGCGAUAGGUGUAAACCUCACUCCCCUGGCCUCAAGAGGCACACUAGCGACUGACGCUAGAGGCUUUAGCCUUAAGACUCCUCGUUAAUGCGCCCGCCUCCCAUGCCGGCUGACGCCAGUUCGAUUCCCGCUCAGAAUGGGUCGAGCAGGACCAGUUGCAGUGGUGCCGUGACCCGGAUGAGAGUGAGUGUAACGGGAGCCAGCUGGUACGUGAUAGCUGUGCGGUAUGUGUAAAUCUCAGUCCUCUGGCCUCAAGAGGCACAUUAGUGACUGACGCUAGGGGCUGUAGCCUUUAACCUCCUCAUUAGCCGCUCGGAAUGGGUCGAGCAGGACCAGUUACACAUGGAAGAAACCACUGAUGGUGGUUGAGGAGAGUCCCCUAUUCACUGUGUAAAGCUCUUUGAGUGUAGUGUCAGAAAAGCGCUAUAUAAAUGUAAAAUUCAUUCAUUUAAGUCAUACAGAUUUGGAAAUAUGAGUGAGUAAAUUAUGAAAAAAUUUUAAUAUUUGGGUGAACUAUUCAUUUAACCUCAGAAUAAAGCUGUGGCCCAAAAAAAAAAUCCCAUCAAAGAUACUUAGGUCUAGCUGCUCUCAGAUCAAAUGGACUCAAACUGAGAGACUAAACGUAGAGGGAAUAGAACACUAGAUCUAAGCUGCUCACUCUACCACUAGUCCUUCAUUAUGUAAUCCCACCUGUCUUGUCUACUUACAGUAUGUCAUUAUAUGUAUGCACAUGACGGUCACAAAAGUCAGUAUAUGUAAUCAGCAUGAUGUUCCAAACCCGUAUUACUUUUUUUAAUCCGUGGAACACAAAAGGAGAUGUUUGGCAGAAUGUUAGCCUCUAGGCCCAGGUAUACUUUGUUUUUGUGCGUUCCGAAUCGGAUUGCGCCCAGUGGAAUGCUUUGCCUUUCAAAGUACACUCUUAUGACCGAGAACAAAUUUGAACGCGUUCGACUCAUGCGCACUAUGACUGCUUGCUUUACGAUACUCUUUUAAUGUAGUCAGCGGCAGGUGUAUGCAGUGACGAUGUGCAUAGCAAGGACUGGCCGUGUGUCGAGAAAAUCUGGGCCGCAUGCGGACUGCGCUACUGAUGAUGAAAUUUGCGUCAAGCAUACUGUGCGUAGAGCAAUGACCAACACGGACAACCAAAGUAUACUUUGUCCUUCAGUCACCUUUCACAUUCAUUGUAUGGAAAAAGAUGUAAAGAAAAUUAAU